CACACACACCCUGCACCCACUACUGUAGAUCCUGCUGUGGAAAAGUACAACUGCUUCUGCAACUGGUCUCCUUCUGCAACAAUGUGCUUUUAGAAAGCUGGUUAGUUUAGUUUAGCUAAAAAAAAAAAAAGGGAAGAACAGAAAAGUAAGGAAGUCAGAAUCAGUCAACAGAAAGAAUAAUAAUCAGCAGUGGGACAGCUUUAUUGUCUGCUUCUUCUACAGAACUCCUCCAGCUUGUAGGUCCACCAUGUCAGCUAACACACAGAAGACCAGGAGCUGUCCCAUCCCGACCCGUGUGAUCCAGCUGAAGGACUGGUCCCAGCUCCCAGACCUCUACAGCCAGACUCCUGGAGGAACCCUGUUCUCCACCACACCAGGAGGCACUCGGAUCAUCUACGACAGAAAGUUUCUGCUUGAGUGUAGGAACUCGCCAAUCGCCCGGACCCCGCCCUGCUGCCUGCCCCAGAUCCCCGGGGUGACGAUUCCUUCCAAUCAUCCUCUGGGCAAACUGGAGGAGCUGAAAGAAGAGCAGGAGGAGGACAAGGACGCAGCAGCUGACGACAACCAGUUCGAGAUGGACAUUUGAGCCUGUGACGUGCCUCCUGUGGAGAACGCAUUUCUGCUGGGACGCUGCUACAUUUCCCCAUCGACCAGCUCUCACUGGAUUCACUCAGUUCCGUUUGAAGGUUUUUUUUUU